CGUCUGACAAAAAGAUAACCAACCGAUCACCUGACUGAUCAGUUGACCAGUACGUGUAUCACUUCGGAGUUGAUCAGUCGUCGCGGCUGUGUGGAACGCUCACCGAAAAAUCAACAAAAAGGGCCUGAAAUUGUCGAUAUCCAUAAAAAAGGAAUAAUGCAUCAACCUCUCCAGUCUGGCCAGCUCCUCGACACUAAGCAGGUCCUCGGAGAGCACCUGUUUGCCAAGGUCUCUGAAUUGCAUGAUGGGAAGACUGACCGCAUCACAGGAAUGCUUCUGGAAGCCACGAAUGAAGAUGUAAUGAGGAUGCUAGAGGAUGCUGCCUUUCUCAAAAGAAGAAUAGAGGGCGCUCUCCGAGUCAUAGAAGAGGAAGAUAAAUCUAUUGGUGGAAAGGAACAAAUUGGAGAAGAACUUUAUUCUCAUAUAUCCAAGAUAGAACCGAUUCAGUGCGCAAAAGUAACAGGAAUGCUCCUAGAGUUGGAUGUAAAAGUGAUACGACGCUUGCUCGCAUCGCCCUCAGAGCUAAGGCUAGCCGUUCAGAAGUCACUCAACACCCUGAAGGCCGAUGGAAGCUGUAGAGACCAAAUUGGAGAGCAUAUCUACGGGCUGGUGGCAAGUGAUUACACUGCGGAUUCUGCUGCCAAGAUCACAGGGAUGCUGUUGGAGAUGCCAAAUACACAGCUUCAAGAGAUGAUGAAAGAUGAAACGCUUUUGAAAGAAAAGAUCAGACUUGCACUAGAUGCUCUCUCUCAGCAACAGCCGAGGUGA